AUGCAGCUCCAAAACACAGCGGACUCCUCUCCCCUCACAGAGAAAGAUCUUUGUGCCAUGUUUGCUCGACUGGCUUUGUGCUCUCGGCUGCCAUCAAGAGCCCAUAGACAUGUUUGCCCAGUCCCAAACAGAGCUUUCUCAAAGGCUAAAUUUUCCCUCCCACGCCCCAAUGGGAAGUCCUUUGUCCACCGCAGUGAGCUGAAACAGGCCAAGCGUAUUGUGGUGAAGCUGGGCAGUGCUGUGGUCACUCGAGGAGAUGAGUGUGGACUCGCACUGGGACGCCUCGCCUCCAUUGUAGAACAGGUGGCCAUGCUCCAGAAUCAGGGCAGAGAGAUGAUGAUUGUCACGAGUGGAGCUGUAGCUUUUGGAAGACAGAGAUUAAGACAUGAAAUUCUCCUUUCUCAAAGUGUCAGACAAGCUUUACAUUCAGGCCCAAAUCAACUGAAAGAAAUGUCUCUGCCAGUGCUGGAGGCAAGAGCGUGUGCUGCUGCAGGACAGAGCGGACUCAUGGCUUUGUAUGAAGCCAUGUUCACACAGUACAGCAUCUGCACUGCCCAAAUUUUGGUGACCAACCUGGACUUCCAUGACGAGCAGAAACGGCGGAACUUGAACAGCACCCUUUUGGAGCUGAUGCGCAUGAACAUCGUUCCCAUCAUCAACACGAACGACGCGGUGGUGCCUCCCCCUGUGCCCAGCUCUGACCUCCAGGGGGUAAAUGUCAUUAGCAUCAAAGAUAAUGACAGUCUGGCCGCACGUUUGGCUGUGGAGAUGAAAGUCGACCUGUUGGUGGCUUUGUCAGAUGUAGAAGGUUUGUAUGACAGACCUCCUGGUGUUGAUGAUGCCAAACUCCUUGAUAUAUUUUAUCCUGGAGAUCAGCAGUCCAUUACAUACGGAAACAAGUCACGAGUGGGAAUCGGUGGCAUGGAAGCAAAGGUGAAAGCGGCUCUGUGGGCACUGCAGGGUGGUACCUCAGUCGUCAUUGCGAACGGGACGGACCCUAAAGUCACGGGUCAUGUGAUUACAGACAUUGUGGAAGGAAAGAAAGUAGGAACAUUCUUUUCUGAAGUGAAACCAGCGGGUCCCACCGUGGAGCAGCAGACGGAGAUGGCCCGACAUGCGGGGAGGACACUGGCGUCUCUGGAUUCAGAACAGAGAGCUGAGAUAAUUUGCUGUAUAGCUGAGCUUCUCACAGAAAAGAAGGCAGAGAUCCUUGAUGCCAACAAGAAGGACAUGGAGUUGGCCAUAACAUCAGGUCGUUUCUCCCAAGCGCUCAUAAACCGGCUGAGUCUGUCCACAGCCAAGUUGAAUAGUUUGGCCAUUGGUUUGCGUCAGCUGGCAGUGUCGUCCCGGGACAGUGUGGGCCGUGUGCUGAGGAGGACCAGAGUUGCCAACAAUCUGGAGCUAGAGCAGAUCACGGUCCCCAUCGGAGUCCUGUUGGUCAUCUUUGAGUCACGCCCCGACUGUCUCCCACAGGUAUCUGCGCUCGCUAUUGCCAGUGGAAACGCCUUGCUUCUUAAAGGGGGCAAAGAAGCCUCCAACACAAACAAAAUCCUCCAUCAGCUCGUGCAAGAAGCGCUGUCCAUCCAUGGAGUAGCAGAUGCGGUGCAACUGGUUAGCACACGUGAGGAAGUAGAAGAUCUUUGCAGACUGGAUAAAAUGAUUGACCUGAUCAUUCCAAGAGGAUCGUCACAGCUGGUACGCGACAUCCAAAGAGCGGCGAAGGGUAUUCCUGUGCUGGGCCACAGUGAAGGAGUCUGUCACGUUUAUGUAGAUUCUGAGGCCGCUCUCGACAAAGCUAUAGAUGUCGUUCGAGACUCCAAAUGUGACUACCCUGCUGCCUGCAACGCCAUGGAGACGCUCCUCAUUCAUAGAGAUUUACUCCGAACUCCAAUGUUUGACCAGAUCAUCGAUAUGCUGCGAACUGAAGAGGUGAAGAUCCAUGCAGGACCCAGAUUUGCGUCAUAUUUAACCUUUAGUCCUUCAGAAGUGAAAUCGUUGAGGACAGAGUAUGGAGAUCUGGAAUGCUGCAUUGAGGUUGUGGACAGUAUGCAAGAGGCUGUGGACCACAUUCACAAAUACGGCAGCUCACACACAGAUGUCAUUGUUACCGAAAAUGAGGAGACGGCUGAGCAGUUCUUGCAGACAGUGGACAGUGCUUGUGUAUUCUGGAACUCAAGCUCACGGUUUGCUGAUGGAUACCGGUUCGGACUUGGAGCGGAGGUUGGCAUCAGCACGGCUAGGAUACAUGCAAGAGGCCCUGUGGGAUUAGAGGGACUGCUUACGACUAAGUGGGUCCUGAGAGGAGAGGGUCACACAGUGUCGGACUUCUCUGAACAGGGCAGCAUGAAAUAUCUCCAUGAGAACCUGCCCGUCCCACAAGGAAGCUUAAACUAG